UCUAUGCUGAGUACUUCACACUUAUUUAUCAAAACAAAGCCAAGAGUUUGAUGUAUUUAGUGAGUGAAGUUGACAAUAUUUAUUCGAAUAAUUAAAAUCAACGCACUUUUAAUUUCCUUCCCAAGAUGAAUCUACGAAGCCCAUUCGGAAAUAUGUGAAAGUUCAGUAAAUUUUAGGGUUAGACUUUAGGUAGGAACAAUGGCUUCAGAAGCUGGAUCUUCAGACUCCAAUGAAUUGGACCCCAUAUAUUUUGAGCGUCUCAAUUUAUCUGACUGCACAGGGGCUAGACGGAAGCUCAAAUUUACGCCCAGGCGAGCUUUAAGCGCUAACAAUUCAUUCAAUUCGUUUCAAUCCUUACCCCAUUCAGAUGAAAGCUCUACAACUUGUAGUCAGCCAGUCGCUCCUUCCCCAACUGCUUCUAUGGUUUGUUUUUGCGUAUAUCGCUGUUUAAUGGAUUCGGAACCCACUUGCAAAAAGUACCGAAAAAAAACCGGCUUUGUGAACAAAAUGCCGCCCAUGGGGAUAUUUUGGGACAUCGAAAAUGUGGGAGUGCCAAAACAGAAAAGCGCCGCUGCAAUUGUAGAAAAGAUCCGAGGGGUGUUUUUAAAAGAUUAUCGCGAAUCUGAAUUUAUGGUUGUAUGUGAUGUUAAAAAGGAGCAGCCACUAAUUAUGCAAGAAUUGCACGAUUCUCAGGUCAAUUUGAUUCACGUUUCUUCAACCUCAAAGAAUGCGGCUGAUGAUAAAUUGAGACAAUCAUUGAGGCGGUUUUCCGAUGUCCAUCCUGCUCCUUCAGCUAUACUGUUAAUUACUGGUGAUAUAAAUUUCGCUGCGGAUUUAUUCGAUUUAAGGUAUCGAAAGAAAAUACGAGUAAUUCUCGUCCACAACGUAAACGUAUCGGAUGCUUUGAUUUUGAGCGCGAAUGACCACUAUAUAUUUACAAAUUUAAUUCAAUGUGUUCCGUCCACUUCGCAGCGAAAAACCGCAAAUUCCCACACUUACUUCUAUUUGACUAUUCACAAUUUGCCAAAGAAUAUUGACCAAAGAAAAGUGAAAAACCGACUAGGAUUUUUAACGAACAACUGCGGAGGCAAAUGUGUCGAGUUUCUAAACGAGAAGGGGAUUGCUUGUUUCCGAUUUGGAAACUUUGAUUUAGCCCUAAGAGCUCAUAAACGCAUUCAAGGUGAAGAUGUAUUUGGGCAAAAGAUUAGUGUACUCGCACCGUCCGUGAGAAGUUACACUGGGCAAAGAGAAAAAAAGUCGGACCUAUUCCCUCAGGCGCAACAAGGAAGUAGUACUAGCACCCGUUUCAACUUAGAAAAAAAUGAAGUUUUUCCACAAAUUAAUAGCGCUGUGCCGCCGCCACCUGGUCUCGAAAAUCGAUCGACAAAUGCAUAUCCGUAUUCGAAUCCGCCAAAGAAACGGCAGGAUUUUACACCAAUCAAUAAGCGCAAACCGCCAAUUUCUAUGGAUCGACUAGGGCAUCCGAACUUUAGGCCCAUAUUGAGAUCAGGUUCUUCUUUUUCUGGCUCGUGCGUAUCGCCGAUGGAGUUGAGUUACGACCAAACGCAAAUCAGACGGUCUAUGUCUAGCAAACAUAAUUCUCCACAGGAUCAACAGGGUGCUUGUGCCCUUUCUCCUUAUUAUCGCUCACAGGCUAGUGGCAGCUCAGAGUUUAGCGAUAGCGAUGGAAAAGGCUAUAUAUCUAGCGAAAUCAGCAGAAAUACUCAGGGUACCCAACCAGUAGAUUUAACUAUAACUAACUUAGAUGCUACCAUAGAUGUUAAGGAACUUAAAAGACUGCUCACUAAUAUGAUUAUGAAAUACGUCAUGGUAUUACACCUGAACAUUGUAAUGCAAAGCGAUGGCACACCAGUAGCACAUCUACGAGUUAGAAGCCAGCAGGAAGCGCAGUUCAUAAUUUCGCAAUUGCAUAGGCAAAAGCUGGGCCACAAGCGCAUUAUUAUCGCUUACGAACAGGACGAUUCUCCUGAUCCUGAACAACUGAAAGUCAUGGUUAUCAGUGUUUUGCAAGAUGCUCCCAAUAAGAGCAUGCAUCUCUUCAAAUUCAUGGAGCUGCUCGAAUCUAGGUAUCACUGUACAGUGUCUAUUUCGGAAGUGAACAAGCUAAAAAACGUAGUUUGUAUAAGUGAUGAAAGGGGAUCGAGAGUCAUAUCACUUACUGAGGAAGCUAUCAAAGUUGAUCCUUCCUACAACUUGUCGCAGCCAAUGAUUCCUCAGUGUGUGAUCCAUUGCCCUAAGAGUAUGCAAACAUUUGGUUGGUGUGAACUGAAUUUUUCCAUCGUUCCGAACGUUUUGAUUUCCUUAUCACUUUUCACCGCAAAACUGAUGACUUUGUUAAAUAUUCACUUCGGGUCGAUGCCUUUGAUCAGUUUUGAAACAUGUUACGAUCAAGUGUUUGAGGACCCUUUGCCGGUUGCGGACAGUGGAGUUCCUUUGGAGCAUCUGAUUACGUGUGUUCCGGGUGUUGAAAUAAAACUAGUCGGUCCGAACAAGAGCAUUAAGGUGAUUCAGCAUGAGGUGAAAGAAAAUGAAGAACAUACUGAAGAAAACGUUUUAAAAGCAGUAGCGCCAUCGUUGGCUUCAAAUGUGAGCCUGUUAUGCCGCGAGGUUGUAGAUUUGCUGAAAAACCUCGACAAAUGCCAGAUUUUACUCACCAAAUUCAUUCCUGCUUAUCAUCAUCAUUUCGGGAGACAAUGUCGAGUUGCGGAUUACGGAUACACCAAACUCUUAGAUCUGUUUGAAGCGAUCUCUCAUGUUGUCCAAAUUAUGGGUGAUGGCUCUAGACGAGUUAUAACCCUGACCCAUUCUAGUCAAAUGCGUCGCUUCAUAUCAGAUCUUCUGCGCGUUCUCAAAGUUCAACCCAAUAAACAGAUCGCGUUUACCGAAUUCGCUGCUGCCUACGAGAGAACGCUGAACAAACCCUUCAAUCCUGUCGAGUAUGGAUUAUGUACUUUGGACGAUUUGCUCUGCGAGGUUCCGGAAAACACUAUCGUCAUCACAAAGGAGAACGAGAACAUUUACAUUUCCGUACCGAAAAGGGAGCAAACCGCGGUGGAAAUAGCGAAAACUAAAGAAUUCGCUAAUGAAGUGAUAAAUCUAUUAAGGCACACUCCAUAUUCAACAAUGUUUUUUAAUAAAUUCGUACCGUCCUACCACCACCAUUUUGGCCAUCAAUGCAAAGUAUCUGAUUAUGGCUUCACUAAAUUGAUCGAGCUUUUCGAAGCUAUUCCCGAUGUGGUAGAGAUAAAAGAGCUACCGGACGGAGAAAGAACCAUCAGUCUCACCCUGCAGCAGUCCCUGAAGAUUCUCAGCGCACAAGUGCUGCGGAUGAUUCGAAACACUUGUGGCGGCGGCUUGAAGUUGGAUGAAUUGCCCAUGCUUUACUUCAAACAGUACGGCUACCCGCUCAACCCUCAAAUCUACCAAUGCGAGUCGUUGGAAGAACUCGUCAGUAAUCUUUCAGAAUACGUGCAGGUGAUCCAUAGUAAUGCUGGUUCAUUACUACGCCCUGUUGAAAUGGAUACCUCGCAAAGUGUUCUAAGAGUGCGCUGUUGGGCAAUGUUACUAGUCCCGCCUCACGUAAAGAAUUUAGUUUCAUUCAGGAACGAGUAUCGGCAAUGCUAUGGCAACAAUUUUACCACUGAGGAUCUUAGGAAAAUCGCCAAUGUUGUUUCGCUCUCGUCAAUGCACAACAUUGACUACAUAUCAUUGACCUCGCUAUACGUACUGGCCGCUCAAAUCUACUGCGUUAUUUGCAAUCACGGCGGAUCAGUGGAGUACAACAAACUGGAGCAGUUAUAUGAGGAAUCCUACGGAAAACCCAUGAAGUUGUCUAGCUUUAACAUCAACUCAGUAAAUGAAUUCUACAAUCGGUUCAAUCUAUUGUUUUAUGUUCGAGGCAGCAAAAAGAACAGCAUUGUGGUACCGAAUCGAAAUUUAGAAGAAUACAUAGCAUUUAAGUAUCACAACAACAAUUCGGAAGCUGAACAGCAACUGAACAUUAACAAUCAAUGGAGCGACAUAUUAAGUGGGUCGUCAGACCAGGAACAAGGUGCUGUAAAGAAAUACACUCCUCCUAAGCCUGAUACACCACCAUCGCCUGGAUCAACGUUGUGGUGGAACAGCCCGUCCAAACUUAGUCAGGAGCAGAUGAAUUUCUUCAUUGACAUGCCACUAACUAUGGACCGUACUCUACAUGAAAUGUCGAAAUCUCUAAUUUCUCCGGCUCGUUAUUUACUUUUUAGCGAUACCCCUUGGAAUUUGGCACAACCACCUACUUUGGCUCCCGAUCCGCAUGAACUGCCCAUUCCCAACAAGCUCUUACCCAAAGCUGGAAUGUCAGAUGAUAGUGGCGAUUCCGGAGUAAAUAUUCUAGCAGAUCAUUCUCAUUCGGACAGUGAUUUGGAACCAUCCACAAGUAAAGGCGCUAUCAAGAAAAAGCAUUAUAACGGAACAUUCCUUAACUUCAAGUAAUACAACCCGGGCAUAAAUGAUUUGAAUGUUGAACUGUAUAUUUAUUUUUAAAUGUUUAUAUAUGUGAAUAUACUGUAACAGAAAAAACGCCGCACAAGAAAAUGUAGAUUUGAUUGCAAACGACUGGUGUCAGAAUAUUGUGCAUAUUAUUAUGUAAGUAAGUGAAAGAAAACCGAUUUUCUGUUCUAUGUAUUUGUAGUCUUAAAAUGUAUUUUUAAAGCAUUUUUCUGCUGUGGCACUUUUGAAGUACUCACUAAAUUGAUGUGAAAAUUCCAAGAAUCUUUAUUAAUGGAACAUUCCUGCUCCCUUUUUAUCGUCAUUUAGGUAAGUUAGUACUACCCCAGAAAAUAUUACGUUGUUGGGCUAAGUUUUGUGUAAAAAAUAUUGUUCUAAAACAGUUACUAGUGGUAGGAUAGUUUGAUAUCAACUUUCGAGAUAUUUGUGUAGUUUGUUAGUAUAUUGUAUUUAGUAAUUUUUCUCUUUCAAACAUUUCUUAGAUCUAAUUUGCUUUUACAUUUUUUAUAACUUGUUUAUGCGAUAUUUUUAUUGAUGACAUAUUUUUGGAUAUAUAUAAAUUUUAGGCAUAAUUUUAUCUGUACUUAAAUAAGGUUAUUUUAGAAGAAAGUUUGCCGAAUUAAAAUAUGUGAAUUUUUGUUGAAUAAAGAUAAUACAUGUUUGUUCUUUUC